AUGACCGUCGACGACGGUCCAAACUUUCGCCAGCCGCGUCGGCGACAAGUCGACUUCGGCCAGGCCGGUCCACCUCAAGGUGGCCCUCCGCAAGGGUACCGCGGCGGCCAACCGCUCGUGAGGGCCCCACCACAAGUCACGCAGAAGCGCCCGCCGGUCCCGCAAGCCGCGCUCGAAGACAAGGCGCGCAAAUGGAAGCAACUCCAGUCGAAGCGUUACGCAGAGAAGCGCAAGUUCGGCGUUGUCGAUGCGCAGAAAGAAGAAAUGCCUCCAGAACAUGUGCGCAAGAUCAUCCGUGAUCACGGCGACAUGACGUCAAGAAAAUACCGGCACGACAAGCGCGUCUACCUCGGAGCGCUCAAGUACAUGCCGCACGCUGUGCUGAAGCUGCUCGAGAAUAUGCCGAUGCCCUGGGAGCAGAUUCGAGACUGCAAGGUUCUCUACCACAUCACCGGCGCGAUCACUUUCGUCAACGAUAUUCCGCGAGUCAUCGAGCCGGUUUACCUGGCUCAGUGGGGCGCGAUGUGGAUUAUGAUGCGUCGCGAGAAAAGGGAUCGUCGCCACUUCAAGAGAAUGCGCUUCCCUCCAUUCGACGAUGAAGAGCCUCCACUCGACUAUGCCGACAACAUCCUCGAUGUCGAGCCCCUCGAGCCCAUCCAGAUGGACCUUGAUCCGGAAGAAGACCAGGCCAUCAGUGAAUGGUUCUACGACCACAAGCCCCUUGCCAACACUCGGUUCGUCAAUGGGACAACGUACCGCAAGUGGGCCUUCUCAAUUCCGAUGAUGGCGACCCUCUACCGUGUUGCCAACCAACUGCUCACGGAUCUCGUCGACACCAACUAUUUCUACCUGUUCGACUUGAAGAGCUUCUUCACUGCCAAGGCGCUCAACGUGGCAAUCCCCGGAGGCCCCAAGUUCGAGCCGCUCGUCAAGGAUGUCAACGUUGACGAGGACUGGAACGAGUUCAACGACAUCAACAAGAUCAUCAUCCGGGCGCCCAUCCGUACAGAGUACCGCAUCGCGUUCCCGUACAUGUACAACAACCUGCUCAACUCGUUGCCCGUCCAAGUUGCGUGGUACCAUGAGCCGUCGGUCGUCUUCAUCAAGACCGAGGAUCCGGAUCUCCCGGCCUUCUACUACGACCCGCUCAUCAAUCCGAUUGCUACAAGCGCAACGGAAAGGGCCGCCGAGCCGCUGCCUGACGAUGAAGAGCUCGAGCAGUGGGAAUUCCCCGACGACAUUGUGCCGCUCUUCGAACACGUGCCGCUGUACACCGACAACACCGGCAACGGGCUGGCGCUGAUGUGGGCCCCGCGGCCAUUCAACCUCCGUUCCGGCAGAACCAGGCGUGCACUCGAUGUGCCGCUUGUCAAGACAUGGUACAGGGAGCAUUGCCCAGCAGGCAUGCCGGUCAAAGUGCGCGUCUCCUACCAAAAGUUGCUGAAGGUCUUCGUCCUCAACGCACUGAAGCAUCGCCCGCCCAAGCCACAAAAACGACGCUAUCUCUUCCGAUCGUUCAAGGGAACCAAGUUCUUCCAGCAGACGACGCUCGACUGGGUUGAGGCUGGCCUACAGGUCCUUCGUCAAGGUUACAACAUGUUGAACCUGCUCAUCCAUCGCAAGAACUUGAACUACCUUCACUUGGACUACAACUUCAAUUUGAAGCCGGUGAAGACGCUGACCACCAAGGAGCGCAAGAAGUCGCGGUUCGGAAACGCCUUCCACUUGUGUCGUGAGAUCUUGCGCCUGACGAAGCUCAUCGUCGACGCCCACGUGCAAUAUCGGCUGAACAAUGUGGACGCCUACCAGCUCGCCGACGGUCUGCAGUACAUCUUCGCACACGUGGGCCAGUUGACGGGAAUGUAUCGAUACAAGUACAAGUUGAUGCGACAGGUGCGCAUGUGCAAAGAUUUGAAGCACAUCAUCUACUACCGUUUCAAUACUGGCCCAGUCGGCAAGGGUCCUGGCUGCGGAUUCUGGGCACCAGGAUGGCGAGUGUGGCUCUUCUUCCUGCGAGGUAUUACUCCACUUCUUGAACGUUGGCUCGGCAAUCUGCUGUCCCGUCAAUUCGAAGGUCGUCAUUCCAAGGGCGUCGCCAAGACCGUCACCAAGCAACGCGUGGAAUCGCACUUCGAUCUUGAGCUCAGGGCUGCCGUGAUGCACGACAUCCUCGACAUGAUGCCAGAGGGCAUCAAGCAGAACAAGGCUCGCGUGAUCCUGCAACAUUUGAGCGAGGCCUGGCGCUGUUGGAAGGCCAACAUCCCCUGGAAGGUACCUGGGCUGCCGACGGCAGUCGAGAACAUGAUCCUGCGCUACGUCAAGGCAAAGGCUGAUUGGUGGACCAAUUCAGCUCAUUACAACAGGGAGCGUGUCCGUCGCGGAGCCACCGUCGACAAGACUGUGUGCAAGAAGAACUUGGGGCGAUUGACGCGUCUGUACCUGAAGGCUGAACAAGAGCGCCAGCACAACUACCUGAAGGACGGUCCCUACAUUUCUGCCGAAGAGGCCGUUGCAAUUUUCACGACCACGGUGCAUUGGCUGGAGUCUCGUCGCUUCUCACCAAUUCCCUUCCCACCGCUCUCCUACAAGCACGACACGAAACUCUUGAUUCUGGCCUUGGAACGACUCAAGGAGGCGUACUCGGUGAAGAAUCGGCUGAACCAGUCGCAGCGUGAAGAACUGGCCCUCAUCGAGCAGGCGUACGACAACCCCCACGAGGCCCUAUCCCGGAUCAAGCGUCACAUGCUCACGCAGCGCACAUUCAAGGAAGUCGGCAUCGAGUUCAUGGACCUGUACUCGCAUCUGAUCCCCGUCUACGACAUCGAGCCGCUAGAGAAGGUCACUGAUGCCUAUCUGGAUCAAUACCUCUGGUACGAGGCCGACAAACGAAGACUCUUCCCAGCAUGGAUCAAGCCUGGCGACAGCGAGCCCCCGCCACUCCUCGUCUACAAAUGGUGCCAAGGCAUCAACAACCUGCAAGACGUAUGGGAAACCUCCGACGGCGAGUGCAACGUGAUGAUGGAGGCCAAGCUUGAGAAAGUGUGCGAGAAGAUGGACUUGAUGGUGCUGAACAGACUGCUACGAUUGAUCGUUGACCACAACAUCGCCGACUACAUGUCUGCCAAGAACAACGUGAUGAUCAACUACAAGGAUAUGAACCACACCAACUCCUUCGGCAUCAUCCGCGGCCUCCAAUUCGCCUCGUUCAUCAUGCAAUACUACGGUCUCGUUCUCGAUCUACUCAUCCUGGGUCUACGUCGUGCCAGCCAAGUUGCCGGACCGCCCCAGUGCCCCAACGAGUUUCUGACCUUCCAGGACAUCGCUACCGAAACGGCGCAUCCAAUUCGACUUUACUGCCGCUACAUCGACAGGAUCUGGAUCAUGUUCAGAUUCACUGCGGACGACAGUCGCGAUUUGAUCCAGCGCUACCUCACCGAGCACCCGGACCCGAACAAUGAGAACAUCGUCGGCUACAACAACAAGAAGUGCUGGCCUCGUGAUGCGCGCAUGCGUUUGAUGAAGCACGAUGUGAACUUGGGCCGAGCGGUUUUCUGGGAUAUCAAGAAUCGCUUGCCUCGCUCCGUGACGACGAUCGAAUGGGAGAACGCCUUCGUGUCGGUCUACUCCAAGGACAACCCGAAUCUACUCUUCGAUAUGGGCGGCUUCGAAUGCCGAAUCUUGCCGAAGUGCCGUACCACCCAAGAGGAGAUCACGCAUCGCGAUGGUGUCUGGAAUUUGCAGAAUGAGGUGACGAAGGAAAGGACAGCCCAAUGCUUCCUGCGCGUCGAUGACGAGUCGAUGGGCAAAUUCCACAACCGCAUCCGGCAAAUCCUGAUGAGCUCCGGGUCGACCACGUUUACAAAGAUCGUAAACAAAUGGAACACAGCGCUGAUCGGAUUGAUGACUUACUAUCGUGAGGCGGUCGUCAACACGCAAGAGCUCUUGGAUCUCCUGGUCAAGUGCGAGAACAAAAUCCAGACGCGUAUCAAGAUCGGCCUCAACUCAAAAAUGCCUGCGCGUUUCCCGCCGGUCGUCUUCUACACACCGAAAGAAAUCGGAGGCCUCGGCAUGUUGUCGAUGGGACACGUGCUCAUCCCGCAGUCCGACCUUCGAUGGAUGCAGCAGACAGACGCCGGAGGCAUCACUCAUUUCCGCUCUGGAAUGACACACGACGAGGACCAGCUGAUCCCCAAUUUGUACAGAUACAUUCAGCCUUGGGAAGCGGAGUUCGUCGAUUCGCAACGUGUGUGGGCCGAAUAUGCGCUCAAGCGACAGGAAGCCAAUGCACAAAACCGUCGCCUGACGCUCGAAGAUCUCGACGACUCGUGGGAUCGCGGCAUUCCAAGAAUCAAUACCCUCUUCCAAAAGGAUCGUCACACUUUGGCCUACGACAAGGGAUGGCGUGUCAGGACGGAGUUCAAGGCUUAUCAGAUCUUGAAGCAGAACCCAUUCUGGUGGACGCAUCAACGGCAUGACGGCAAGCUCUGGAAUUUAAACAACUACCGCACCGACAUGAUCCAAGCGCUCGGCGGUGUGGAGGGCAUCUUGGAGCACACGUUGUUCCGAGGAACAUAUUUCCCGACCUGGGAAGGCUUGUUCUGGGAGCGUGCCUCGGGCUUCGAAGAGUCUAUGAAGUUCAAGAAGCUGACCAACGCCCAGCGCUCUGGUCUCAACCAAAUCCCGAACCGUCGCUUCACUCUCUGGUGGUCGCCCACGAUCAACCGUGCCAACGUGUACGUCGGUUUCCAAGUGCAGCUCGACUUGACUGGCAUCUUCAUGCACGGCAAGAUCCCGACGUUGAAGAUUUCGCUGAUCCAGAUCUUCCGAGCUCACUUGUGGCAGAAGAUUCACGAGUCGGUGGUCAUGGAUUUGUGUCAGGUGUUCGACCAAGAGCUGGACGCGCUCGAGAUCCAGACCGUGCAGAAGGAGACGAUCCACCCUCGCAAGUCGUACAAGAUGAACUCUUCGUGCGCGGAUAUCCUGCUGUUCGCCCAGUACAAGUGGCCCGUAAGCCGACCGUCGCUGCUGCCCGAUAGCAAGGACAUUAUGGACAACACGACCACGCAGAAAUAUUGGCUUGAUGUCCAGCUGCGUUGGGGCGACUACGAUUCUCACGACAUCGAAAGAUAUGCUCGUGCGAAAUUCCUCGACUACACCACCGACAACAUGUCCAUCUAUCCGUCGCCGACUGGUGUGCUCAUCGCCAUCGACCUUGCCUACAACUUGUACUCUGCGUACGGCAACUGGUUCCCGGGAAUGAAGCCGCUGAUUCGACAAGCCAUGGCCAAGAUCAUCAAGGCCAAUCCGGCCUUUUACGUGUUGCGUGAACGUAUCCGCAAGGGUCUGCAGCUCUACUCUUCCGAGCCCACCGAGCCCUAUUUGACGUCGCAGAACUACGGCGAGCUGUUCAGCAACCAAAUUAUCUGGUUCGUCGAUGACACCAACGUCUACCGCGUGACGAUUCACAAGACCUUCGAAGGCAAUUUGACGACGAAGCCCAUCAACGGCGCCAUCUUCAUCUUCAAUCCUCGCACAGGGCAGCUGUUCUUGAAGAUCAUCCACACCUCCGUCUGGGCCGGCCAGAAACGUCUCUCCCAGUUGGCCAAGUGGAAAACUGCCGAAGAAGUCGCCGCUCUGAUCCGUUCGCUGCCCGUGGAAGAACAACCACGACAGAUCAUCGUCACAAGAAAAGCCAUGUUGGAUCCGCUCGAAGUUCACUUGCUCGACUUCCCCAACAUCGUCAUCAAGGGCUCCGAGCUGAUGCUGCCUUUCCAGGCCAUCAUGAAGGUCGAGAAAUUCGGUGAUCUCAUCCUGAAGGCGACCGAGCCUCAGAUGGUGCUGUUCAAUUUGUACGAUGACUGGCUGAAGACGAUCUCCUCCUACACGGCGUUCUCUCGUGUGAUCCUGAUCAUGCGAGGCAUGCACAUCAAUCCGGACAAGUCGAAGGUGAUCCUGAAGCCGGACAAGACGACCACCACCGAGCCGCAUCACAUUUGGCCUAGCCUGACCGACGAGGAAUGGAUCAAGGUCGAGUUGGCGCUCAAGGACAUGAUCCUGGCCGACUACGGCAAGAAGAACAACGUGAAUGUGGCGUCGCUCACCCAAUCUGAGGUCCGUGACAUCAUCCUCGGUAUGGAGAUCUCGGCGCCGUCGCAACAGCGUCAGCAAAUCGCCGACAUCGAGAAGCAGACAAAGGAGCAGAGUCAAGUCACCGCCACGACGACGCGCACUGUGAACAAGCACGGCGACGAGAUCAUCACGUCGACCACCUCAAACUACGAGACGGCCACCUUUGCCUCAAGGACAGAAUGGCGCGUUCGGGCGAUUUCUUCGACCAACCUUCACCUGCGAACCCAGCACAUUUACGUCAACUCGGACGAUGUGAAGGACACCGGGUACACCUACAUUCUGCCCAAGAACAUUCUGAAGAAGUUCAUCACGAUCUCCGAUCUCCGUACCCAGAUUGCCGGCUUCCUGUACGGCGUCUCCCCACCGGACAACCCGCAAGUCAAGGAGAUCCGCUGCAUUGUGCUGACGCCGCAGACCGGAACGCAUCAAGUCGUCUCCCUGCCCAACACGCUGCCACGGCAUGAGCUGCUCGCUGAUCUAGAACCACUUGGAUGGAUGCACACGCAGCCCAACGAGUUGCCCCAACUAUCUCCCCAAGACGUCUCGCUGCACGCCCGCGUGCUGACCGAGAACCCGGUGUGGGACGGCGAGAAGACGAUCGUCAUCACAUGCUCGUUCACGCCCGGCUCCGUCUCCCUGACGUCGUAUAAGUUGACGCCGUCCGGCUACGAAUGGGGCAAGAUGAACACGGACAAGGGCCUCAACCCGAAGGGCUAUCUACCCUCUCACUAUGAGAAAGUGCAGAUGUUGCUCUCGGAUCGCUUCCUCGGCUUCUUCAUGGUGCCGUCAACCGGCGUCUGGAACUACAAUUUCCAAGGUGUCCGCUUCGAGGCGUCGAUGAAGUACGACCUGUGCCUGGCGCAGCCCAAGGAGUUCUACCACGAGGCCCAUCGCCCGGUCCACUUCCGCAACUUCAAGGCGUUCGACGACCCGCUCGGCAUCGGAGCCGCCGAUCGCGAGGACAUUUACAAC